AUGAUGGUUUUCAGGACAAAGUGGAAUUUAAAUGCUGGACUGCAGAACAACUCCAUAGUUAUCAGGAGGGUGACGGAGGAAGAUGAAGGAUGCUAUCAGUGUCUGUACAGCACCUACCCUGAUGGAGCUCUGACUGGUUCAACCUGCCUCCAACUCUAUGAGCUGCAUGAACCCGUUCUACAUGUCAGAGAAUCAAACUCUCCUGAAGAGGCAGUUGUGUCCUGCUCGGCCACAGGUCGACCUGCUCCCACAGUAACACUGACUGUCCCUCACUACAACUCUACCAGUGUCACCAACACCAACGCUACAGUCACUGUCACCGCUACAGCCGUGCUGCCCCGUCUCCAUGACAACAGCGCACAGGUUGGAUGUGCAGUGCGAGUGCUCUCUGGUCCUCAGAUAGAGGUGUUUACCAUGAUUCCUGAGUCACACUGUCGUCUGCUGAUGGUGAGAAACACUUGA